AAAAUGACUAGGUUCGUAAUUUUAUAACAUUAAUUACCAAGCAAUUACAAUACCACCAUCGUGUAAUAACUCGUAAUAUUAUUAUGCAACCGCCAACCGCUGAUGACGGAGAAGAACAACAAAUAAAAGCGGAUGUUAAGGACGAUUAUACAAAAACCAUGAUCUUCUUUCCAUUGAAUUCUCUCUAAAACAUCUUUUGUCGGUCCAUUAUCCAACCUCCGAUCAUAUCUCCCACAAACCACUUCCCAAAAUCUAACAUUUCCUUGCGUUAAAUUCGUUUUUGACGUCUAAAAUCGAUAAAAACAACGUUAAUUCAAGCACAAAUCCAUCGUCAUUGUUUUAAGGAAAAGGGUUUUUCAAUUUAAGGCAGAUUCUACCGUUGAAGUGAUCAGAUUCGUAACUCGGUUUGAGCUUUGGAGCAGUGGAGGGUGUUGAUGAUCAAAAGUUGCAGUGAAUCAUCAGAUUGUUAUAAGAUCAGGUUGUUCGGGUGUGGUACCUAUGACCUCUGAGGGGAAUAGAGUCACUGGUGCGGUGGGGUUUGAGUUUGAUCCCUUGGUGGUGAGUAACGGUGGCCAUUUGGUUCGUGGUGGUCAAUUGGUUCAAGCAGUACCUGCUGGCGGUUAUUCAUGGAAUCACGCUCAUGGUGUGCCCUAUCUGCAAGAUUCGGGGUUUCAUGGAUACCGAGUUGCAACCAUGAGUAGAAACUCGCCGGCUGUUAUGCAUCCUCAUCAAGUGACCUACAAUGUUUAUCAACCACCACUACCACCGCAGAUACUACCUCCACCGCCACCUAUGCUGCCAAUACAAGCUCAAAACAUGGACAUUCAGUUGCAACAACCAUCAACUUCACAUAGGCAUUCUACAAGAACCUCGCAGAUGUAUCCCUAUCAGAAUGAUGCUCCAGUGCCUCGGUUUGUGGGUCCUGCACUACCACAUGGUGUUAUGGUAUACGAAGCUCGUCGACAACAAUUGAUGAUCAACUCAAUUGCAAGGCAUCGUAGCUUUUCCCAUCACAGAGUUACUCUCGAAGAGGCGUUUCAAGCACUACGCGAACAGCUUGGCGAAGCUGUUGACACAGGCUUGCCGGUUAAGUUUAUUUCAGAUAAUCUAAAAACAAGAAUAUUCACCUCACCAAGACAUCAUUCCCAAGAUUUAACAUCACCUGCUGAUGAAGAACCUUAUCUCUGUGUAAUUUGCCAGAUGGAGUUUGAGGAUCAAGAAAAGAUCGGGAUGCUUGAUUGUUGCCAUGAGUACCAUGCAAAAUGCAUCAAAAAGUGGUUAACUGUGAAGAACAACUGCCCCGUUUGCAAAUCCACAGCACUUCGCUAAACGAAUGGUGCUUUAUCUUUCCCUUAUAAAUAAAUGGUAAAUAUUAAACUUUCAUGUCUUAUAGUCGUUUUGGAGAUGCAACAGCCGAUAAAUCUCUUUCGAAACCUUUUCUAGCAGACUAUUUUUACUGUCGCGGAGUUUCUUAGUGUGUUUAUAUGUAUAUAUUGGUGUGUGUGUGUGUGUACAUAUAGAUUGUUGUUCAUUUGGAUGCUGGUAAUUUUGUAUAUAUGGUUUAGCUUAGACAA